AUGGACUAUGCCGAUUUACUGAUUCGGGCUCAGCGCCUGGCAAAUACAACCAGGACGGCUACUGAUAUGCCGCGUGUAGAGUGCUCCACACUUUCGCAAUUUGUUCAAGCCACAGAAGAGAUGCACACUCGACUCACACAAAGCGGCACAAAUGAUCUACAGGCGUACAAAUUCAUGGGCUCGAAGGGCGUUGAUUUGCCAAAACUGAAGCAGAAACUCGAGCAGUUGACCGCACGCAACGUCUUCGAAUCCUUGGAUCCUAUCUACGACAUUGACGUGUGCAACUAUCUUAAGAAUGAGCGUGAGAAUGCCAUGCUUACUGUGAUGGAGGAGUCAAAGCGCAGUGUUUUCGAGGCAGUGGAGAAGCAAAAAUGGCGCAACAUUUAUAGGGAGUGGGGUGAGGAGAAGCAACGCCUGCUUCAUACGCUUGUCGGACCCGAUCAGCAAGAUUUUCCGGACAUGCAUCGCCACACCGUGCCCACAGUACUGCACGAGGAUGCAAAGCCCUACUCACGGCUAAAUAAAAUCGAAUCUUUGUACGCUAAAGAAAUAACCAUCUACAAUGAGAUGAUCAUUCAAGGCGGUUCGCGGCCCAACCUGGUGGCCACAUUCACUGAUCUGUCCCAACAAUUCUUAGAAAAUGAGCAGGUCCAUGAGAUGUGGUCCGUCUUGCGGUACAUGGCCGAUGUGACGCCCUUAUCGCGCAACGUGGAUCCCAUAGCGUCGCGUCAAAAGACUCCCGUCUUUGUCCGGCAGGCGCGCACCUAUCUGGAGCAACGCUACAAAAUCUACAUGAGUACGAUUAUAGAGAAGAAUCUACUAGUGGCACAACGCGGAGGCAUUCCGAAUAUUUAUCAUAUGGUCAGCUCGUUUGUAAGCGUCACCUUUCAGCACCCGCAAACGCUUGUUGGGUUGCUGGAUGUUGCGAAUGGGAAACCCCUUUGGCCGCUGGUUUACUUUAGUUUGCGCAGCGGAGAUUGGCAAGCAGCCAUUCAGUAUCUGAAGGAGUUCUCUUACUGUCCGGAUCUUAUAAAAAUAAUGGCACAGAAGCAACGACCAGAGGAGGAGAUGACAAGCGGCAAGAUCGAAGGUCAGCUUAAGUUGGAGUAUGCUAAAAAGCUGCGUAUGUCAACAGAUCCAUACAAAAAGGCGGUCUAUGCCAUAGUCCUCGCUUGCGAUCCGCAUGAGCCCCAUUCAGAAGUGGUGCGCACCAUCGAUGACUUCUUAUGGUUGCAAUUAUCUGUGCUGCGCACCGACGAUCGACGCGAGUAUAACAUCGAACAGCUGACUUAUGGGGGUCUGCAAACGCUAAUUCUUGAAAAAUACGGUGAGAGCUAUUUUAAUGCACGCGAGAAGGCACCGCUCUACUUCCAAGUGCUAGCGCUCACUGGCCAGUUCGAGUCGGCCAUUGAGUUUUUGGCCCGUACUGACGCAAAUCGUCCUCAUGCCGUCCAUAUGGCCAUCGCUCUCAACGAACUGUGCAUGUUGGGCGCACCCUCGUCCGUACAGACACCGCUCCUAAGCACCGAUCCCAACGAUCCUCAUCCCAUGCGUCGCCUCAAUCUGGCGCGUCUGAUCAUUAUGUACGCUAAAGCCUUUGAGCAGACAGAUACCGCCGAGGCUCUUCAAUAUUACUACCUCCUACGUCACUUCAAGGCCGCCGACGGGCGUAAUCUUAUGAUGGUCUGCGUCUGUGACUUACUCGUCGACAACUGCAACGAGCGCAUGUUGCAGCUUAUAUUUGGGGAGCCUCAAGUGCCGGGCUCCUGGCGUUAUUCGGGCGGCAUCUUUGUGCAGUUCCACACAAUGGAUUACGACAUGUACUCGCUUGCCGGGAUGGUGGGCGAUGAGUUAACGAAUCGUGGCAGCUUCGAGUUGGCCAUACAGCUCUACUUUAUUGCCGGACAGUUCGACAAGGCCAUGCGAGUGGCGUCAUCGAUGCUGUCCCAGGUGGUGCAUCAAGCACCCAAAAAGGGAGGCAUGCGUGAGCGUCUGGCUGGCAUUACGGAGAGACUGAACGCAAUACUGACAACCAAGAAGACAGAAUUGGAGGCCCACAUAGUUGUCACAUACUCGCUGCUGUCCGAACUCUUGACCUUCUUCGACUACUACCAUGAGGGCGAGCAUCGUCUAGCCACCGAAAUUCUGUAUAAGAACAAGCUCACUCCCAGCAACUAUUCCGAAGUGGACGAUUGUGUGAUCAGACUAAAACGUGUGGGGACGGAGGUGAUUAAAGUGCUGCCCGAUGUGUUUCUGGCCGCCAUGAACAUUAUUUAUACCGAAUAUCUGUCGCAGCGGGGCAACGAGACGGGUAGUCCCAAAACUACCAACAAUUCCAAGGAGUCCAUGCUUCAGCACCUACGCGUGCGUGCCAAAGCUUUGACCAACAUGGCAGCCAGCUUGCCAUACCGCAUACCUGCCGAAACAAAUAAGCGGCUGGUUCAAAUGGAAAUCCUCAUGCAUUAGUUAUCAUUCGUUCAAUAUUUGUAUUUUUUAUUAAUAUGCAUUAAGAAAUAUCCGUUGUUUACAUUAAUGUAUGUUUAGUGGCGAUUUUGGAAUAGAUUACUUCAAAGUGUUUACGCAGUGGAUGCUAACAAUUACCAAAAAAACGCUUUCCAUUGCAAUAGUCUGCAGGUGUAGUGUGUUGUUGUUUGUGCGAACAAAUGUUUGUUAAUUGCCACAAUUGAACAUUUACAAAUUAAAAUUUACGUAUAAAUAUA